AUGAGGGCGACUAUUAUUGCUGCAUUACUUGCCACCAUUGCUACGGCAGCGCCAAUCUCGAGACGGCAAUGCUUCUAUGAUGCAGACGGCGUACAAACUUGCAAUGAUACACCAACAUGCAGCACAGACUCCAAUGGCAUUACUACUUGUGUGAGCAAGCGAACAGUAGACGAGGGCUUGAUGAAACGUCAGUGCUGGAUCGAUGAAGACGGACAGCAGGAGUGUAAUGAAGAGCCCAUAUGUCACGAGCAGGAUGACGGGAGCAUUGUCUGUGUUCUGAAGCGAGAUCUCAAUCAAAAACGCCAGUGCUGGAUUGACGAGGACGGCGAGCAACACUGCAACGACACGCCGACAUGCCACGAAGACGAAGAUGGGAACACUGUAUGUGUCUUGAAGCGAGACAUGCAGAAACGCCAGUGUUGGAUCGAUACAGACGGAGAACAACACUGCAACGACACGCCUCAAUGCCAUAAGGAUGACGACGGCAACACCGUCUGCGUCCUGAAGCGAGAUACCAAGAUGAAGCGUCAGUGCUACAUCGACGAGGAAGGCGAGCAGCACUGCAAUGACCGACCAACAUGCUAUGAGAACGAGGACGGAACCAAAGUCUGUGUGCUUAAGAGGGAUACCAGUCUUGAGAAGGAGAAGCGACAGUGCUGGAUUGACGAGAACAAUGAACAACAUUGCAACGAUACACCGGAAUGCCACGAGAACGAAGAUGGCACAGUUGACUGUGUUCUCAAGAGAGAUGGGAACCUUGCGGGCAAAUGA